AUGGAACCACUUCCAACAAAAUCUUAUUCAUCUAUUCCAACAAUCGCUUCAUAUUGUGACAAUCCUGUACCAAACACUUGUGAUUUUUAUAUGAGCUGUUUGGAAGAGAAAUUCCAUUGUGGACCUAAGGGGUAUCCAAUCAAUUAUGGAAAUAAUAAUUGCGAAAAAUUUGUCAUUUCCAUAAACAAGUUCAGUCCCGCCGGAAAAAAAUGGGUGACCAAUGUAAUGCUUUGUCUUCAAAGGAAAUUGGUUUCAAGUUACGAUAACAACGAGACUACCUGCACAGACAUUUAUAAUACGGCAUUUGGUUCUCAUGCUCCAUGCUAUAUAGCUUCUGGUAUAUGCAUUCUUCCACCAACAGAUUGGGAAGUUUUAUUUGAAAUUAUCGGUUUCAAGACCUUUUUUGGAAACUUGAAAAUCAUUACAGCGAAUGCGCUACUUUCUACGUUUGGUUCCUCGCAGAAAUAUGUAAAUCGCUUUGCGAAAUAUAACGAUAAGAAGACGAUAUUAGUGUGUAGCAUAAAUAAGGAACUCAUCACAAAUAGAGGCUCUUUUGGAACUUCUGAUACAGAGUUUGCUCAUUUCGAUGAUUCCAGUGAAUCAUUCACAUUGAACGAUGAGGUUAGAAUCAAAAAAUUUACACAUACAAAAAACUCGCGGGCAAUAAUCGGGCAUCAUAAAAAUAAUAGUGGAGGUAUUGUGAGUGUUGGUUCGGCCAAU